AUGUCAGAUUCAGAACGGGAUUCGCUGUUCGACCACAGGCUUCCGUCGCGGUUGUUCGCGACUGACCGAUUUCCCAUCAACCGCAUCAACGUCUACUCCAAGCCGGACACCUUGACAUUUGUGCAUGAUGUCUUGCGGGGUACUGAAGAGUUCGAAACUAUUUUGAACUCUCCUUUUGGCCGUUUAUUCCAACUUCCCGCAGUCAGAUGUCCUAUAUCCUGCAAGCUCAUCCAUGCGCUUCUGACCAGACAACUUGUCACUAAGAAAAAAUACGAGAUCUGGAUAGCCUUUGGUGGACAACCAUUUCGUUUUGGUUUGAGGGAGUUUGGACAUAUCACAGGUUUGUCCUGUGCCGAAUUCCCUGAGGAGUACCAUCCCGAUUAUAAUGCACCUAAUGAGGUCGUGCCUGAUGCUUACUGGAGGGAGCUAAUUGGAGACGAUCCGAAAACCACACUCGCCGACAUUGGACACUUGCUUAAAACGCAAAACGAUAUGCCAAGUAGCAGAAGAAUCCGUCUAGCUCUGCUUCUAAUCGUCGAUGGAGUUUUAGUUGCUAACACACAGGUACACAAGCCCACCCCUAAGUAUGUCCGCAUGUUGGAAGACCUUGAUGGAUUCUUGAGUUUUCCUUGGGGGAGAGAGUCUUUUCUGAAAACCAUUGCUUGUAUGCGGCCUGCGUUGAAAGUGCCUGGUAAAGUAGAUGACCCUGUUGGAGGUUUUAGGCAACUUCUGCGCCAAUCAACUUUCCGAAUGCAAGGUUUCCCACUAGUAUUACAGCUACUCGCUUUCGAAGCUGUCCCUGCUCUUCUAUUGAAGUUACCCAACUCGAAUGAUCAUACCACACUUCUUCAAUGGCCCCAUGUUAAGCUUCGUAAGAAUGAUUCUCUUUCCAUACGCGACGUGCUAGACGUGGAGUUCGGGGACAAUCAGAGCAGGGACGCCCCAUCCAACACUGGGAUAUAUGACUGCCUCAUGGAGGACAAUCAUUCAGAGCAUGCGCCCAAUGGUCACACCGCUCAUCCACACAGCUCAACACAAAACUAUCCCUUUUUGUACGAGUCUGCUUAA